GUUCUGCGUCUUAUGUAGAUGGGGCUUUAAGCAAAAAUGUUACGGCCCAGCGUUUGUUUCUUGCGACCUGCGACCCGCGUUCUGCGCUUAUGUAGAUGGGGCUUUAUGGCGUGCUUCCGUCAAAAUUUUUACAUUACGAAAUUAGCAUUCUAACGUAUUGUAACUUAGAAGGAAUGUGUGUAUAAAAUUUAUCAUAUAUUGGCUGUUAGGUUGGGCAACUGUCAUAUGAAAACAGAGCUAAUUAUAAGUCUGUUUUCUAUUACUGAACUAAUGUACACUUUCGGAACUUAAAAAGAAACAGAUAUACAGAUAUACAGAUAAAAUUUGGUGGAAGAAAGAUGAGAGAAAAUUAGUGCAGCCCGUUCACACAGCAAUAAAAACACUAUAUUACUUAUCGUGCUGUAAUCCAAAUAUAUAAAAACUAUUUUUUUGUAAACAUAAAUAUUAUUUUAUACUAAUUACUGUCAGUAUUUUAUUUACAGCAAUGAGUGCUGCAGUGAAAAAAUGUUGCCCCUUUAAGGAAAGUUGUUAUAGAAAAAAUCCGAUUCACUUUAGUGAAAUGUCACAUCCUCAUUUGGAGAAAUUAGUGAUAAAUCAACUGGAUGAUGUGAUAGAAAUACCAGAGAUUCUUAACUUCACAUGUAAUGAUCGUUCUCUAUUGCUGGAUCAAUUGAAAGUAUUGCAAAUGGUUCUUAGAAAGGAGAGAGACAAAAACAGAGAUGAUUCCAAGCUAGCAACAAGUAAUGAACUGCCCAAAGCACAAUCUUUAUUAAAUGAUAAAGAAGAUUUGCAAGGAAAAGUAGACAAACAUAAGAAAGUAAUGGCACAAAAAAGACAAGAUAAGCUUAAGCAGAUGGAUACAGAAGCUCAAGCUCUGUCAAGAGCUUUGAGAAAUGAACAUGAAAGUUCAGAAAAUACCAAGACAAGAAAGAGGAGUCACAGUUCAACUGGCUCUGUGACAAAGAAAAUGAAAGAAAUCAAUAUAGAAAGUAGCAAUCAUAUUAAGAAAAAUCAACAGAUCAUUGGUGACUCGCAGAGCAGUUCCACAAGCAAAGAACAAACAGACAAAAACAAAGGAACCAAUAAAGAUACCAGUAAAGGAACGUCUAUAAUGGACAUGUAUCAAGCUUGCGAUUCUGAAAAGUCCAGGAAAGAUGUUCGAGAGAAAGCUAUUCAAAUGAUGAGACGGUCUGGGUAUAAUGUAUCUGUUGUGGAACCAGGAGAAUUUGCAUUAAAAUAUGCUCUCUCAGCACCUUACCACCUAUUUUUCACCCGAGUUGAAAAAUCAAAGGAAACUUACAAUCAACAAUUCUCCAUAACUUUCCCUGAGAUUCUCGAUAGAAGUCUCGGGGAGAUAGUCGACAGUCUUCAUUUGAAUUUCAUGGUAGAUGUUGGAUGGCUGUGUUUGCAGUAUUUGUUGGCUGGCCAACGUACUGAUAUGAUGAUACUGUACGGUGAUAGAGUGGAUCAGGAAAAUUUGGGCUGCAACAUCACCAUGAUACAAGUGGAUAUGCCGAGUGCGUUUGGAUGCCAUCACACUAAGAUCAUGGUCUUGCAGUACAAAGACAACGGAAUCAGGGUGGUCGUCUCCACUGCUAAUUUGUACUCGGACGACUGGGAGAAUAGGACGCAAGGAUUGUGGAUUUCGCCUCACUUGCCUCUAUUGCCGGAAUCCGCGAAUUCCACGGACGGAGAGUCGCCAACCAAUUUUAAAAAAGACUUCGAGCGAUAUCUGAGCAAAUAUAGACAUCCGGCUUUAACGCAAUGGAUGUGGGCGGUGAGGAAGGCGGAUUUUUCCGCCGUAAAUGUGUACUUUGUCGCCUCUGUGCCUGGGACUCAUCAAAAUGUGGACGUUGACUUUUGGGGAUACAGGAAAUUGUCGCGCAUUCUGUCUAAUCACGCCACGCUGCCGCCGGACGCGCCACAAUGGUCUCUAAUCGCACAAAGUUCCAGCAUAGGCAGUCUCGGCCCGAACUAUGAGAGCUGGUUAUCGAAGGAGAUAGUUCCUUCCAUGUCGCGGGAAACCACACAGGGCCUAAAAAGCCACCCAAAAUUUCAAUUUAUUUAUCCGUCGAUGGAGAAUUACAAGCGGAGUUUCGACUUCCAAACUUUGACAUCUUGCUUGCCUUACAGCUUGAAGGUGCACUCCAAACAGCAAUGGAUAGAAUCGUACAUGUACCAGUGGAAAGCGCAGCGAACGGGACGGGACCGGGCGAUACCUCAUAUUAAAACCUACAUGAGGAUCUCGCCCGACUUGAAAAACAUUCCCUGGUUCGUGUUGACCAGCGCGAAUCUCAGUAAAGCCGCGUGGGGAGUGCAGCGAAGCAACUAUUAUAUAAUGAACUACGAGGCCGGCGUUGUGUUCCUACCAAAGUUCAUCACCGGGACAACGACGUUUCCGAUCGAGGACGAGGAGGAUCCGGCCGUUCCGAUAUUUCGGAUUCCAUACGAUCUUCCAUUGUGUCGGUACAACCCGACCGACAGUCCUUUUGUCAACGAGUUCUUCAGUACUCACGGCUAAUCGUAGGCGGUGAUUUUUCAGCCAAUGCAACCGCAGUUUUUUUUCAAUUUCUUCUGCGCGUCCGAGUAUUUUUGCAUGAUAAAAGACCUCAUGGAAAACUCGUGAAUAAAUUCACACGCAUUUGUAUUUAUCCAUACGUGUUACUGUGUUGUCUCUUUACAGCGUUGAAAAACAAUAAACGUCGAUAUUCGCAUUGCAAAUCGGAAUCUCGCCCUUGAGAGAGAUUUAUAUUUGACAGUGAGCGAGUGGUGUGCUCGACAAGCACAAGCAAAUCACUCGGGUUUUGAACAUUUCCAUCAUAUUCAUGAGAGUCCGUCGCAAAAAAAAAGACCACGAGAGAGAAAAAGCGAACGAACAUAUGGGAAAAAUAGAAGCGGGAACGUCAGCGGGAAUUCUCACAUGAUACGUGACUUUUGUUCUCCGACUCGAUAUCGCGGCGAAUUCGUGCCGCCCACCGCAUCGUGGACACGUUUUCCAUAAAACAUCAGCAGGAAAGUGCUUCCUCGACGCGAGGGUCGAAACGUCGUCUCUCCUUGUGGUGUUAGUGCCGCCUGUCCUGUGCAUGCUCAGCCUUCAAACGGGUUUUAAUCGAGUCGCCGUGCUCCGUAUGUAUCCGCGCGACAAUUAAUUGAACUGCGUACUUUUUGUCGCCAAAGCGCGCGCGGUUUGUAUCGACAGAUGUCAGAUUCCGCGCGUAUCUUCUCGAAUUGGACUUAACACGGAAGAUCUGUUACUAACCGCAUCGUGUGAAGUGCGCGUGUGAAGUUACUUGUUCCCGCGCGGAUUUUCACAAGAACGAAAUUGCGAAACUAGUGAGUAAAUAAGGAGUAAAUAUUUGACAUUACAAUGGCAACGGCACAUACGUAUCCUAAUAUAUAACCUUUGCUCAUAUUCGCACCUAAUUUCAACGCGCGUACUCUUAUCUCUCGCCGAGUUAACACGUUUACUUUGAGGUAAUCAGUGCAAACACCACUUCCGUCAGCAAACACAUUUCAAGUGGUUCCGCAAAGUCAUGCUUUUCUAUCGAUGAUAACAUCACUUGGCAACAAUCUCGCCGUAGAGAUCCGUCCAGAUCGCUGAUAAAACUCCAACUUAACAUAUAAAUUCAGUAAUUAAUUCUUUUGCGGAUAUAUAUAUAUAUAUAUAUAUAUAUAUAUAUAUAUAUAUAUAUAAAAUUUAAAGCUCUUGAUCUACUCACAUCGGCUGUUUUUGUUUGAUGACGCCAGACGCGAGAAAUUACGUGCUUUUGAUUCUUACGCGCGCGUUAUACGUUGAAAUAAAAAAAAAUAUCCAUAAAAUGGAACUUGUCAUUCAGCAAAUUUGUAAAAUACUCCGAACAUUAUGCAAUUUAAAUAAACCAAACUUUUCUCAUCAUUUCUAUUAUGUUAAUUUUAUGUCUGUUUAUUGAUUGAGACAGCAAGAAGAGUAUUUGGAGCAUUUUACAAAUUUAUUGAGACGAUUACAAGAGUGUCAUUACAUGGAUAUUUUAUUGUAACAAAAAAAUUGUAAGUAUGCGAUUUUUCGUUUUAUUUGCAAAAUGAUAGAGGACUUUUUCGUUUGAGGAUAGUUUGAUCUAAUGUAUAAGUAGGAUCGGUGCUCCAUUUAUGGCCACUUCAAGGAACCUUCGAAUUAUUUAGUCUAUGAUUCAUGUUCGCGUUACGUAAGUGGCAAUAUUUUGUUUUUACAGUAUUUUUGUUGGUCAUACUGCUCGUUAACGAAUGUAGAAUUUUCUUUCUUUUUUAACUAAAUAUUUAUAACUGAAGAUAAACGACUACUACAUUUUCUUGUGCAAAGCGUUAAGGAUACGAGAUAAGAUAAACGUUAGAAUUACUAUAUAAUUAUUAUAUAAAAGACAUGAUUGUAAAUAAAUGUUUCUAUAAUCGGUUUA